AUGCGGAAGCCCUCAGGCCCGGCCGCCGGCGCCGGCCCCGGCACGACGCCUGCCAAAGACAAACAGCGCCUACCUCAGCCGAAAGACGCCCUCAAGCAGCUUGUCGCCUUCUUGGAGCCGGCCCCCUUACUGUCUGAGGGCGAGCCCGCUCACCAAUGCAUUGUCUGCACCAAGGCGAUUGGCCUCUUCGUCGUGGGCUCCUGUGGCCAUCGCCUGGCCUGUCAUACUUGUGUCAUCCGUUUCCGGUUCCUCUGCAAGAAGAAGAAGUGCCUGGUGUGCAAUAUCGAUCUGGACGAAGUUUACUUGACAGCCAGCGAAACCGCCUCGACCGAGGAGCUGUGCCAGCUGGCGAACACCGUUCCGAUGCCCGAGCCCCUGGUCGCUGUUGCCGAUGGAAUCCGCUGCACCGACCCCAGCCAGGUGCCCCCCUUGCAGACGAUGCUUGGCUAUGUGUGCCCGGUUGAUGGCCAUGCGUUCACCAAUCGCAAGGCCUUGCUGGCGCAUGUUGUCAACGCCCACGGGCGGUCCUUUUGGUCGACACCCGUUGUGUGUCGUAUCUAUGACGAACAGCUUCUUACCCAUGUUCCCUACACACGGCUGCUGCGCGUGCCGGUGCACCAUGCGGCCAUGUCCCACCCGGACAUCCUCGUUCGCCCGGCCGACAUGCGGAGCUAUCGCCUGUCCGGGCCUCGGGGAUUGAGUUCCAGCAGCACAAGUCGCCGGUCGGCUGGGAGUGGCAUUUACUUUGCCCCGUCCGGCACGGCCCUGGCCACGGCCAAUCCGCCGGGGUCUACCGAGAUUGCGAUGGAGCGGGUGCGGAUCUCCCGGCCGGAGAAUGCGGCAGCCGGCGCCGAGGCGGCCGGCUCCACCGCGACAGGCGCCCAACGGAGCAGGGCAAACAAGCCCUCUCGCGGGCCCACCUACUGGUCGGAUUUGGCAUCUUCCAGCGGGCGAAUCACCGGCAUCGGGGCCUCGGUGGAUACCAGCCGCGGAUCGGGCAACUUCCCUUCCCUGGCGGAUGUCCAUGCGUCGAGUGCCGGCGCGGCCGCGGCCGCCGCGGCUCCUCCUCGGCCACCGGUGUCCGUUCUGCGGGCACAGCGCGCCGCGUCGGCGGCCGCCGUUGCCUCGGGCGCCGCGUCGGUGCGGUCUUCCUCGGCCGCUGCCAAUUCCUCGGCCUCCGAGCGCAUGGUCACCCUGCGGCCAGCCCGGCGAACCGUGUCAACCGGCUCGUCGCCGGCCCUGGCGCGCAUGGUCAACCAGGCGGCCUCGGCGUCGGGCACCGCCGCCGGACGUGGGGCCUCCCCGGCCGCCCCGGACACCUCCUCCAUGCGUGUCCUGACGCCGGCCCAGCUGCCGGCGCGGCCGGCCGCCCCGACCCCGGCCGCCGCCCCAGCGCCCUAUUCGGUGGUCGGACGCGGGGCGGCUUCCGUGGCGGCGUCCCCUCCCCUGCAGUCGACCUCGCGCCAGGCGCGCAACCGGGCCGUGCCCCUGUCGGUGGCCUUGUCGGCCCCGGCGGCGGUCGGCGCGCCAUGGUCGGCGGCUGCCACGCCGGCCAUUUCCUCGACCAGCGCCUCGACCUCGACCAGCGCCGGUCGGCCGGGCGCGGCUGCUCGAUCGAGCCCUGCCGCCUCUCUCGAUGACUUUGCUCCCCUCUCGGCGGUGUAUGCCUCCCCGACUCCGGAGCCCCCGGCUGCCAACAAUUCCCGGCGCAAGGCUGGCCAACCGGCCGCGGCGAAUGCCGGCCAACCGGCCCCGCGCCGAGUGCUCCGGAUUGUGUCGACCCCGGGCCGCCGCGAUGCCCUGGUCAAUCGCGCUGCGCGCACGGACUCCGACCUGACUGGUAGCCUGGCGGUCAAGCGCUGCCCCCAGUGCUCCUGGUCCGGGCUAGCGCGCGACUUCCACACCCAUGAGAUGUCCCACUUCUGA